CAUGAAGGCUGCCAUGAUCACGCUCCUCGCCGCUGCGGCUGUCGCCCAGGCCAAGGUCGCCAGCUCCGUCCUCCGCGACCUCGAGGUCCAGGGCGCCGCUGAUCUCUACAUCACGUUCGACCAUGUUUACCCGGUUCUCCGCGCGCUCCCCGAGUCGAACGACCCGAGCGUUGUCCGUGAGGCCCUCGUCACCCACGCGACGUCGACGCAGACGGAGGCCCUCGCGGUUCUCGCUGGCCUCGACGCCAAGUCGUUCUGGAUCUCCAACUCGGUGGUCGUCAAGGGUGCUUCGGAGGAGGUCGUCAACAAGCUCAAGGCGCUCAAGAACGUCAAGGCCGUCGACCAGCUCCCGAUCGUGACGGUCCCGGAGGUCAUCCGUGGCGAUGCCGACAAGACGGAGGGCGUUAUCCCCAACGAAUGGGGUGUCGUGACCGUCGGUGCGCCGCAGGUGUGGCCCUCGUUCAACGGCAAGAAGGCGGUUGUCGGCUCGAUCGACACGGGCGCCUUCUACACGCACGAGGCCAUCAAGAACAACUGGCGCGAGGAGAAGGGCUGGUUCGACGCCUUUGCCGAGUCGGUCGAGAAGCCUGCCGAUAUUGACGGCCACGGCUCACACACGAUCGGUACCAUGGUCGGUGCCAACGGUAUUGGUGUGGCCCCGGGCGCCAAGUGGAUCUCGUGCCGUGGUCUCAUCAACGGUUCGGGCUCGGCUGAUACGCUCCUCGCCUGCGCCCAGUUCAUGCUCUGCCCCACCGACCCCGAUGGGAAGAACGCCGACUGCACCAAGGCGCCGCAUGUUGUCAACAACUCGUGGGGCGGCUCGAGCAAGAACACCUGGUUUUACCCGGCUGCCCAGGCCUGGAUCAAGGCCGGCAUCAUCCCGGUCUUCUCGAACGGUAACUCGGGCCCUGCUUGCGACACCACCGGCAGCCCGGGCUUCCUCGACAACGUCAUCUCGGUCGGCGCGCUCGGCUCGUGGACGACCGACAGCCCCAACGAUCUCGCCUUCUUCUCGUCGAAGGGCCCCACCAAGUACACGGGCGCUGACGGCAAGCCGCGUGACCUCAUCAAGCCCGACAUUGCCGCUCCCGGCUUCUUCACGCGCUCGGUGGACAUUAGCAAGUUCAACGCCUACACCAAGAUGGCCGGUACGUCGAUGGCCGCGCCCCACGUCGCCGGUGUCGUUGGUCUCCUCAAGAGCGCCAAGGCCGACCUCACCUACGAGGAAGUGUACGCCUACGUCACCAAGUACGCCUACACCAAGACGUUGACGCCCGAGCCUGCCACGUGGGUCGGUAAGGCCAACGCGACGCUCCCGGGUGCGCCCAACUGCGGCGGUGUCUCGGACGCCUCGUUCCCCAACAACCGCUACGGUUUCGGCCGUGUCGAUGUCGCCAACAUGUUUGAGGGCGGCAAGCUCAAGCCGGUCAACCCCAAGCCUGCGUGCUAAAUCGAUUCGUACUUGUCAGCAUAUUAAGUGUAAAUGCAAAUCCUCGUGUUUAAAGCCUAAAACCCCAAACACUACGGUUUUUGUCGUUAUACGGGCCG